AUGAUGGAGCACCUGCGCAAGGUCUUCAAUCUCGUGGCGCAAAUGGACACGCUGGGCUACACCGACCCCGCGCUGAUGCCGCAGCGGAGCGCGAAGGCCCUGUUUGACGCGGUGCGGGCAGUGCGGCUGGCGUGCGGGCAGAAGGCACACGACCUCCUCGUAGAAGAGGCAAGAAAGGCGGCCGCAGCGCAGCAGCUGCCCACUGGCGGCGGCGGCGGGGGUGGUGGUAGGUUGGAAUGA